AAGUUAAUAUUACUAAUUGCUAACUCAUCUCUCCAUAGCAUACAGAUUAGAGACAGAACCAGCCACGGGAGAACAAAAUAACAGUGUCUUUCAUGAAAAUCAGCAUUUUGAAGUGAUCAUUCAAGAGCGUAAGAAAGCUCUGCGUGGCACACUGACUUCUCAGCUAAGUUUGGAAAACAGUUGCAGCAGGCGAGGCGGUGCAGCAGUGGGGACACUUGCUUGAAAGGUUGGGUGUGCAGGGUCUUCUCUCGGCACCACCUGCGGUCAUUUCAGACACGGGAACAGUCCAGCACUCGGGAAAGUGAGGUGAUCGCCUCAGCCUCAGCUGCAGGAUUUGCUCUCCCUGCCAGCAGCACCCCUCUGCCCGAGAGGGCGUUGCGGCAGGCGGCCGCCCUGUGGGCUGGGCCGGCGGGGAGCGGGCCGCCUCUUCUCCUCCCUUUCUCCUUCUCUCCUCUCCUCUCGCUUCCCUCAGCGCCGCCCCUGGCAGCAGGGAGGCCGCCUUGUCGCUGCCCGCGCCCAGCCCUGCGCGGGGGGAGCCGCCGGAGCCGCCCGCUCUUUGUGGCCGCGGGGCUCGCAGCCGCCGGAGCCGGGUUGUGAGGGGGUUGUGAGGGGAGCCGAGGCCGGGCCGGCCCCGCAGCCAUGGGGCUGCAGCCGCUGGAGUUCAGCGACUGCUACCUGGACAGCCCCUGGUUCAGGGAGCGGGUGCGAGCACACGAGGCCGAGCUGGAGAAGACCAAUAAGUUUAUCAAGGAGUUGCUGAAGGAUGGCAAAAACCUGAUCGCCGCCACCAAAAACCUUUCUGCAGCCCAAAGAAAAUUUGCACAUUCUCUGAGAGACUUUAAAUUUGAAUUCAUUGGUGAUGCAGAGACAGAUGAUGAAAGAUGUAUAGAUGCAUCACUUCAUGAGUUUUCAAACUUUUUAAAAAAUUUGGAAGAACAAAGAGAAAUUUUGGCACUCAGUGUUACUGAAACUCUGAUCAAACCUUUGGAAAGAUUUAGGAAAGAGCAGCUAGGAGCUGUAAAGGAGGAAAAGAAGAAGUUCGAUAAAGAGACAGAAAAGAACUACAGUUUGUUAGAAAAACAUUUAAAUUUAUCAGCUAAGAAGAAAGAGCUACAAUUACAAGAGGCAGAUAGCCAAGUGGAGCAGAAUAGAAAACACUUCUAUGAGCUGUCCCUUGAAUAUGUAUGCAAGUUGCAAGAGAUUCAGGAGCGGAAGAAGUUUGAAUGUGUGGAACCUGUGCUAUCAUUUUUUCAGGGUUUGUUCACUUUCUAUCAUCAGGGAUAUGAACUUGCUAAAGACUUCAGUCAUUACAAAAUGGCCCUGCAGAUAAAUAUACAAAAUACACGAAAUCGUUUUGAAGGAACAAGGUCAGAGGUCGAGGAGCUCAUGAACAAGAUCAGAAGAAAUCCUCAGGAACAUAAAAGAGCAAAUCAUUUCACAAUGGAAGGCUAUCUCUAUGUACAGGAAAAAAGGCCUGCCCCCUUUGGUUCCAGCUGGGUGAAGCACUAUUGCACAUACAGGAAAGAGACAAAGAAGUUCACCAUGAUCCCAUUUGAACACAGAUCAGGAGGGAAAGCUGGUGAUGAGGAACUCUUCAUCCUUACAUAUUGUACCAAAAGAAAUAUAGAUACUAUCGACAGGCGAUUCUGUUUCGACUUAGAAGCUUCAGACAGGCCUGGAGUUCCUGUGACCAUGCAGGCAUUUUCUGAGGAAGACAGGAAGCUGUGGAUGGAAGCCUUGGAUGGAAAAGAAGCUCUGUUCAUCAAUUUGAAUAAAGCAAGUGCGAAACGAGAGGGAAGUGCACAAUUGGAUAAGAUAGGAUUCACAGUCAUCAAAAAGUGCAUCAAUGCUGUUGAAACACGAGGUAUAAAUGACCAAGGAUUGUACAGAGUUGUGGGGGUGAGUUCAAAGGUCCAGAGACUUCUGACUUUGUUGAUGGAUGCAAAAACCUGCAACGAAGUUGAUCUGGAAAACUCUGUAGAUUGGGAAGUGAAGACAAUUACUAGUGCUAUGAAGCAGUAUCUGCGAAGCCUUCCAGAGCCACUGAUGACGUAUGAGUUGCAUGGAGAAUUCAUCAUUCCUGCCAAAAGUGGAAGUCCUGAAUCUCGAGUUAAUGCCGUUCACUUCUUGGUCCAUAAGCUCCCAGAAAAGAACAAAGAGAUGCUGGACAUUUUGGUGAAACAUUUAGCAAAUGUUUCAAAGCAUGCCAAGAGGAAUCUAAUGACGGUAGCAAAUUUAGGGGUAGUAUUUGGACCAACCUUAAUGAGGCCACAGGAAGAAACUGUAGCAGCCAUCAUGGACCUGAAGUUUCAGAACAUAGUUGUUGAAAUCCUUAUAGAAAAUCAUGAAAAGAUUUUCAAAACCCUGCCUGAUGCCACUUUCCCUGAGCCAAUCUCUAUGCCAGUGUCUCCUCCAAAUGCCCCACCAAGGCAAUCGAGAAGACAAGGACAACGUAUUAAAAGGCCACUGGCUGUGUACAAUCUCUGUCUUGAGCUGGAUGAUGCUGACACUCACAGCUCUCCCAAAGAGGACACUCCAACUGGUAGCAUGGAUUCUCUUUCUUCCCAGUCUCCUACACCUGCAUUCUCUAGUAGCCCUCCUGGGCUCCUGGACAGAAAUCACCUUAUUAUGGACAGUGGAGAUCUUACAGACUGGGCAACAAAUCUUUCUGGUCAAAGCCGCCCAUCGAUGGUCUCGUGGAUGAACACUCCAAGCACUAACCCAGCUGCCACAAACACUACACCAUCUGCUUUCUCCUUCCCUAAUCCUGCCACUGGGAGUGACAGAGCAGUGGAAAGUGUUGCCCACCGAAAAGCAAGAGCAGUUUAUCCAUGCGAAGCAGAACAUAGCUCUGAAUUAUCAUUUCAGAUAGGAGCAAUUUUUGAAGAUGUGCAAUUUUCCAGAGAACCAGGAUGGCUAGAAGGCACUCUAAAUGGCAAGAGAGGACUUAUUCCACAAAAUUAUGUUCAGUUUUUAUAGCUUUAUGCAUUGAACGCCAAGAAGGUGUACAUGGUAUCCAUGGAUUUUUGUUAUAGUCACUUCUCUCUACUUUUGUGACUGCUUUUAAUCAACGAAGAGCCUGAUUAUGGGUUGAAGAUCCUAAUCUGUAUAAAGACAUUAAGUGUUGCCAAAUAUGAAUUAGAAAGAAAAGAUUCUUUAAGGGUUGGAAUGGGUGGGGACAGGACAGUUGGAUGGUGGGAUAAUUUAAUUUUUUAAUGUUUUUGUUUUUUUCAAUUGUAAAGAACCAUAGUGGUAUGUUUGUUUGCAAGACAACUAGCAUUUUCUAGCAUUUUAAGUCAAAUAUUUGGUUGAUCUGUAACUCAGCUAUCAGUUGAAGAUGAUUUUUAAAAACUUAGUGUCCUGGAGAUUAUACAUCUAUAUCCAGCCUUUUUAACAGAACGUUAUUUGAGAUUGGAAAACACUGUUGGAUAAAAAAGCUAUUGUGCUGACACUUAAAUUAUAUUUCAAAGUGGAACAGACAAUAUGGAACAGACAUAUUGGUAAGUAAAAUGAUAGGUAUCAAGACAUGACAUUUUUCAGAUGUCUUCAAAGAAUACGUUCAUUUAUGUUAUGUGUGUGACUUCAUUUAUUUUAUAAAGGUAAGACACAAGAACCUUUAUUACAGGCUCCUAUAUGUCAUGGUUCCUUUGCUACUCAAAAAUAUCACUGUAAAUGAAAUAAAAUGUCAUUUGCUAUUUGACCUCAGUCAUUCCUUAGUUGGAGAAUAUUUUGCUCUGUUUCUGUAAGUUAUGACAUGAAAUAAUUAUUGGCAGCUCUUUGCAGUCAGUCACAAACAGGCUCUAAAAUGGAUGGGGAACUUUCGUCACUCAAAAUAGGCAACUGCAAGCAUAAGCCAAAAGGAAAAGAGAAUCUCUGGCUGUGAUCCUUGUGCAUCCUGAGGCAUCGUGCAUUUUAUCUGCUGUCUAUCUGUCUGGCUCCUCCUUGAGCUUUCCUUUCUUCCUCCCCCGUAAUUGUAGAUUGUAAGGUCUUAAUGAGACUUCACAGUAUCAGAGUCCUCAAGUAGCUGCCUCGGUAUUUGUAGAACUAUCUGAGUAGUAAGAGAGUUAUCUGUGAUCUUAAAAAAAGCUUCCAGAAAUCUUGUGGUGUAUAAAUCUGUGCCCUGUGAUAAAAAUGCUACGUGCGGUUUGUCAUUAAUCUUUGUAUUUUACUCUCCUUUAAGUAAGACCCUCUGGGAGGCAGAGGAGUGGAUGCAGGAAAAUCUGACAGGGUGGCAUGUUAGUACAGGCUCGGAUAUUUGUUAGAUUGGACUCUGUGGAUUUUGAGUCAUUUACAGCAGAUACUCACUUCACUUGCAAGUUUUUCUAACUAAUGUGAUUAGUAAAUCAGUUAAUGGCUAAUGCUGCCUUAAGGUUGGGGUGUUUUUUUUCCCCCUAAGAUUUAACUUCAUACCAUUAUUUUGUUCCUUUGCCCAGACUGUAUAGACCGUUGGAGUAUGCACAAAUCAUUUCCAGAUGGAGCAAUGGUGGGCCAAGACAGUACUGCUCUCCAGCACUAAACCUCAUAGCUUGGAGGAGUUUCAUUUUGUGAAUUCUCCUUGUAUGUGAGCAGUGACUCUCUGCCACAGGCAAUUCUUGUCUUGGCACAGUGGCUGAGUGACCCAAGCACGGAAGAUGACUUCUGUAAAGGAGAUCCAGUUCUAUAAUUUGCUUCUUGACACAGUAUUAAGGAAAUAGUUACAGCAGUACAUGCAGCAAGAGACUGCAGGUUUCCUUGCUCAGAUUUGUUCACAUGGCAAAGUGCUGUUUUGGCUGGUUAUCAUGUCGCCUGGGACUUGCAUGAACUCAUUUGUGACCUUAACAGAGUCAUUCUGAAAGCAGGAUGUUGUCUGUGUGGCCAGAUUCAGUUUUCAUUGCUACUAGUUAAAAAUGUUUGACAGAACAGGGAGAGUGUAAAUCCUUGUUAUUAGGCUAGUAGGUGUGGCAGCUAGGUAUGCUGGCUCAUCAGCUAGCGAAGCAGCGAUAACUUGAAGCUUAGAGGCUUUAUAAGUCACUUCCAUUUGUUUUGCUGCUGUUUUAAACGUGCAGUGCAUGUUAGCUCUUGUUCUGGUUGCUGUCUUCCAAAAUACUCAAUGUAUUUCUCAGCUCUAGUUCUGUUCUUACUGCGUUUUUGUUUUUUUUUUUUUUCUUUUAACUGAGGUGGUUAAAAAAGGCAGAUAUAGAGAGAAGGAAUAAAAGACAUGCUCAGUGUCUCUUCAGUCCAGCCCUGUGACCCUAUUUGCCUUUAGGUGAGAUGUUUUGAGAUUCCUGUUACUUCUGGAGCCAUGCAGAACCCGAAGAAGGAAACUUCUCUACUGAGAAUUGAUACACUGAGCAAAGGUAAAUAAUAUUUCAAACUUUCUCAUGUCCCAGACUUUGUCCAAAAGCAGUGGUGCUGAGCCAGAUCUGAUCUGGCUUUCAGGUUAACCACACUGCCUCUUAGGAAUUUAGCUGUGGUCACUGCUACCCAGCAUAUGGUUUUGCACUUCGCCCUGGUCAUACCAACGCUGAGUACAGAUUUGUGCAGCUGAGCAGCCAUGGCACAUCUCAGGCAUCCUUCUCACUGUUGAAUAGCUCUGCAAAUGUGCCCUCGCACUGACUGUUUGGAAGUAGAGAUUUAAGAUGCUAAGAAAUAAAAAUCAUAUUAAGAAAGUCAGGUCCCUUUUACAGUCCUUUGUUAUAUUUCCUGAACAUGGGCUUUAGGGCAUGCCUCUUGUCUUUCUUUUCCAUGGUUUGGCAGAAGAACAGAGUUAACAUGGUUUGGGAAGAACAGAGUUAACUUGAAGCAGGAUGGAGGACAGGAAAUCAGCUGAGGAGAAAGCCAGCUGAAGGGCUUUUCUCUUUUAGCCUGGCAGAAGGAGUGGUCAUGCUCAGUGGUUCUGGGCUGUCCCUGUCCUCUUCGCAGGGAACUGCUCUUGUGUCACAACUGUGGGUACAGUUUCAGCUUAAUCCAUGGGCAGGGUUCCCCUGCCCUUGCUCUGUGCCUGUUGCUGUGCGUAGAGGCAUGUAGGGCUCAGUUUUCAAAAGCUGAGAUUCCCUGUAGCAAAUGCCUGGUGCAGGCUGCAAAUUGCAGAGGGUGAUUUAGGAGUAAGCUGUUUUGUAUGUUUUAUGCAAAGUGAUGUUUUCUUUGUGGGAUGUUUCUCUGUGGGAACAGAGAUUGAACCCCUCUGCCCAGGGAUUAAGGUCUAAUGUGUGUUUGCCGAAUAAUUAAUGAAAAAGCUGAGCCUCCAGCCUAGUUGGGAUGAGCAUGAAUUUGUGUUACUCACUGGACAGCACUCAGCUCUGCUCCUUGGCCGGGCGGCAUUUGCACUUUGCUGUUCUCCCUGGGGUUUUCAGACUGCUGAGUGUUGUUAGCCCAUGUUCUCCCUGAUCUUCAUGGCGGGUUUCCUUCUGAUGCCCAGCCCUUCAGUGGGAUUGAGAGAAGCAUCUCAGGACUCAUUUAUCUGGCCUGUAAUGAAAAUAGGUGUUUCUGCUACAUUGGUUAUAGCUCUUGCUAGCCGAGCUGCUGUAAUGGCAUCAUAGAAAAGACCUGGGGAGAAUUUUGCUUUACUCAGUGCUCUGUUCCUUCAUUUCUUCUCUUAACCCAUUUCACCAUUCUUACCUGGUUUGCAAUUUCAUGAGAAAAUUCCAUCCACUGCUGACAGAGGGCUUGUGGGCUGUAAAUGCACCAGAGCUAAAUACGUUUAAGUGGAUAUCUUCACUGGAGUUUCACCUAUUGGGCUGGCUGUGCCUCGGGCAUUGUUUCCUACGUGAGAAUUCAGCAGCAUGCCGUCAUCUGCACUUCCAGUAACCACAGGACACAACCUGGACAUCCUGGGGCAGCAGCUCUCAGAUGCUGGGCACCUCCGAGGACAGAGCCCACAGCCCUGCGCUGAGCUGGGCUGCAGGGGUGCGGACACGCAGCUGGGAAUUGGUACAUCCCCAUCCCUGUCACCCCGACUGCUCCAAGGCAGGACAGCUCGCUUCCAGGCACGUGGAUCAGCUGCUGGCUGCAGCCCUUCGCCGCUUCACUCACGAACUGUUCCUCGCCCUGCCAGCACUGCCCUGCAGAGAGGGUGCUGCACUUACACCUUCUCAAGGCUGCAGCAGAUCUGGUACUUCUCAGAGUUUUACUUAAUCAAGUCUUCACGUUUUGUGAGCUGUAUUAAAUGCCUCUGAGAAACAGAAGUAUUAAUCAAACUUCAUUUUCUGUUACUAGGGUGGGGUUUCCAUAAAAUUAACUUUUUCCACCCAUACUGUUCUUCGUAAUUAGAAAAAAUGAAUCUGUUAAUGAAGUCCCUGAAGUUAAUACAGUUACAGUGACCUUUGAGCACUUGCAGAAUUUUUACAGCAGAAAUAAUCGAUUUGGGUUUGGCACUCUCGCCAUGCCCUCGUACUUCCAGAAGUGGUAAGAAUGGUCUCAUUUGCAAGGGUGUCCAUUUCUGCGCUAAGUUUUCUGACUCCAGGAUCUCCCCCAGUCUCUGAGCAUGGUAUGAAAGCCCACAGCACUCCUCUAUCAGGAGCGUCUUUGCGUUGAAGCCUACUGAUACAGCAAUUAAGGCAGCAGUAGGAUAACAACAUGGUGCUACGUAGUUUUUCCUGUUAUUAGCUACAGCUACUACUGACAAAACCCCAGCAUUCUCCUACCAAAAUGACACUCCAAAAACUUCCUAAAGAGGAAAACUUCACACACAGUGCAGGGGGAAAGUGAGGCAAGUCCAAGGAAGGAAGCCUUGGCAUCCAGCUAUGCAGUGAGUUUACCUCAUGCCAGCAAGGAAUUAAGGGAGGAUGAAAUGCAUAUGGAUUAGGCACUAAAAGUAUCUAACCAGAGUAGACAGCAACCCUGUUCUGCCUGGACAGCUGCAUUUAUCCCAUUUAGGAACUGCACUCUUUUUUUUUUUUUUUUUUUUUUUUUUUUGUCCAUAGAAACAUGGACACAGAAACCGCAGCACUUGCAGGUAGUCUAGCACUUGACAGCUGGACAUGACAUGGAGGAACCGGAGCUGAACUCAGCAUAGCUGGAGUUUGCGUGUGAACCCACAGUAUCAUACACCAAUGAAACGUCCUGAGCCCUUAGCCAGGGUAAAUUUUGGGCCAAGUCUCCCUUGUUCUGUUGGGAACAGAGGACUCUGCCCUCCAACAAACACCUUGUACCACAAAGAAGAGACCCAACCAUGACAAACGGAGCAAGACGACCCUGAGAGCAGCCCACUGUUUCCAUUAAAGAUCUGGGAACGAAUUUCUCACUUAACAGACGCUUAUCAGCUGCAACACGUGUGCCCUUACAUCACUGCUGGUUUUGCAGUGGCCACACAAGGGACUGGGGAUCGGCUCCUGCCUCUCAGCAAGCAGAGAAAUGCUGACACGCAGAAUUUAGGCACUGGGACUGAACAGCUCACAGCAGCGGGACACAACUUCAGCAAGUCAGGAGCGGGAAGUGCACCCAAAGGUGCUGGCAACAGCUGAGGGGCUCAUCUGUGGCUCCGUAUUUGUGGGAUCGAGCACCUGCAAAGGCACGUUUGCAUCCACUGCAUCGUUCCUUGCAAACCUGCCCCUCGAGGAGCUCGCCCUUCUCCCCCCUGUCAGCUUUCUCAGCGAGUAUAAUCCUGGCUCUCUCAGCCUACGGAAAGAUCCACCUCAGCUAUAAAGUAUUCCCUUCAGGAACCAUAAAAAAUUAAUUAUUCAGCAGCAUGAGCCUUAAAGAAUUUAUUUUUGUUUGGCAGAAAAUAUCAACAAGCAAAUGACAGUGCAGUGCUGUGCCUUGCCAAGACAAGGGGAAGGUUCACAUUAGGGUUUAAUGUCAUGGCAUCGAAACAAAAGCCCUCUUAACUCGAAGUCUGUUUAGUAUCAGCCAGAUUGAAACCAAACUCAGCUUUUGUUCUGCAAACCGCCUAACCAUACACUAAAGUCUCUAUAUGAAAUGAGGCUUGCCAUGCAAGAUACAACCCUUCCUGCCAAAGCCAACAGGAGAUGCUGAGGAGGAUCCAAAUGAAGUUUUUGAUACCAUGUGCAGUACAUCUGUUUCUAAUGUUCCUGCAUGCCAUUCGUCUGAUCACAUAAUGCAGUUCACCUACAACCAAGCCCUGCACGCGUACCCCUGGCUGAAAUGCCCACGGCCCUCAUGGGCACAUGCCUGAAACCUUUCUGUCCUGGGUAGAGACAGGCUAGAGUCAGUCCCCGCUACGCAGCGCCUCUCAACACCUAACGCUGCCUCCUGGAAUGAGGAAAGCAAGCCAGCCAUGUCCAAAGAAACACAAGCCCUCCAUGCAGGAAAGAGGUUGAUGGUGCUGUUGCCCACAGUGCUCCCAGACCCUACCCACGCCGUGUCCAUCACGAAAGCACAGCUGAGCCGUGGCACGACAGCAAGUAAAUGGCAACAGCCUCACCUCGUCAUCUCGCGCCGAGGGAGGGGAAGGGCACACUGUGCAACCUGGUCGAUGCUGUCAGCUGGUGCCGACUGUGUCAGCAGCCACUGCUUGCACGCAGUGCCACGCAGACACACGGUGAUGCCGGGCACGCCGCAGCCCGCAGACAUGCUCCUAGGGCUGACUGCAGGUGUGCACACGCACCAUGGUUGUCUUGUCUGCUUGGGAUGGAUUUCCAUCUCUUGAUACUUCAGUUUUGCUUUUGGCGCCUAGAGGCUCUGUGGAUCAUUAGGUAAAGCUGCUCAUCUUUUCCAGUAACCAAGUGCCUACUCGGCCUUCUUGAAAAUUUCUUUUUCCCUCACUUCGGCACUUUCUCACCUGCACAUACGUUCGCUAUGUGGAUGAAUGAUUUACAGCACAGAGCAAUAUAAAACCAUCUUGGUUUUUUUCCUCUUUUUUUUUUUCUUCCUCACGUUAUAUAAGCCAAGCAGCCUGUAACCCGAUAUUCCCAUGUGGUUCAUUUCACGGAGCCCUCAGAAAGUCUAUCUAAAAAUAAGGUCGAUAGAAGGAAGCGUGAAGGUGCAAAGAAGUAGUAUUCCUUUAUCAUCAGCUGCCUCGCUCAGGUAAAGUGAACUCCACAAUGGCGAGAUGCUGCCCUGCCCUGCCCUGCUCUGCUCUGCUGAAAAAGCUGGAGGCAGCGGGAGGACUGAAUAAGCAUGAACUGUGCACAAGUCCCUUCGGGCGCCUGCUGCAAAUGCCAACACUGUAGCUAUGGCCGCAUAUAAACAUGGGACUUCAGCUCCAGUUAGACUGCUCAGCACCAAAUCUAUUCUGAUCCUCCAAAAUUAUAAUGGAGUAAGUUAAAAAUACACAGGUGACGGCUGAACAAGCGUUCCUCCUAUACGAAGGGACUGAGCAGAAAAUUUGCAUUUACACGGACAGAACGGAGAAAUGCUGCCCUACCUGGCAGCGGGGGGAGAGGAGCAAUUCUCACUUCUCAUUAAUGUUAUCACCUCUCUAAAUGUAUUCCAGUGGAUUUCAAACACCGAGAAGCAAAUAAUCAGUUUUAGAGAGGAAAAAUAAACAAGUGUCUUUGCUGAGCAUCUCAAAUAACACCUCUGAAAGAAAGCACUGUUGUGCAGACAACUGGUCUUUUAAAAGGAGAAUGCUGACAAUAGGACUUUCUUUACAAAGUCCUUUGUAAUAGAGCGCUCUAUUAAAACAAAAGUAACACAAAAAUAGCUUAAUUAAAGAUUAAACAAAACACAAGAGCAAUCUGAAGGAGCUUCUCCUCUGGCUAGUUCAGCUUCCAGUGGUUAAUGCUGUUUUGGAAAGUGUUUGUAGGACACUGUGGCAUUCCCAGCCAGCGUGCUUCUACCAGCCCGUCACCUCAGCCACACAAACACAUCCACCUAAAAGCAAAUCCCAGACGCUGCCUAUUCGCAAGAGGAUUAGCAAACCACCUAAAUGCAGGGGUUUGCUAACUGCCCUGAGGUUCAGAUGUGAACAUCUUGCAAAUGAUUUUAUCACCCAUCCCCUUUCUUUCCACUGAAACACUACAACUUCCUUUGCUGGCACAGAGCAAGUGAAACCCGAUCUCCGAAGAAUGAGCUGUUACUGCAGUACUAAUAAUACUCUCCCUGCCUCCCACCAAGAUUUUCAAUGUUUUAAUGAACAACAGAACAAUAUUUGAAAAAUAAUUCCAUAUGUACAUUCUGUAAACAGACCUCGGGCUCUUAUACAGAUUUGACCUGAAGUGCACUGUACUGUACUGUCUCUACAAAAAUGAAAUUUAAGUCGAGUACAAAGAAGUACAUUUAUAUGCAGGCUCUGAAAGCAAGUGCUGUCGUUCCUUCACACAGCAAAUUUACUUUCCUGCCCACCCAGGAUGGAGCAGACCAGCUUCUUCCUUUGCUGCCAUUUACCAGUUGUUACUGGGAGGUCACCCCUGCGAGCUGCCAUGCUUCAGCCUCUGCUCGUGGGACAACCCCCUGUUGUACCCAGACCUGACUAAAGCUCUGUCUCUGGCCCCAAGAGCCCCGUCACUCACUGCACCGCAGCUUCAGAGUGGAUGGGCACUCACAUGGGGCACUGGAGAUCCCUCAGGUUGGGGACAUCAGCAGAGCUGGGCCACUGGCUUCCUCAGAGGGGUUUCCUCUGAAGGAGGGUGUGGGAUGCUUCUUCACGUCUGGAGAAGCAGCGUUCUGCACUUACCAUUUUAUCAGCCAGAAACGGGCUCAACAGCUCGACGUUACACACCUGCUCUGAAAUCACGAGCUGGUCCCAUGCACCAGGCACCCACCACAACCCUUCCAAGUCGUUUUUUGCCAAAGCACCAAUAGCCUUGUCAUUUCAGGACUAAACUUGUAGUUUCCCGUGUCAUUAAUGACAUCUCACACCCGACGCAUACAAAACAAACACCUCAUGCUGGAAUGAGACAGGACGGUAGUAACAACCUAAUAAUACCGUGCAUCUUAUACUCGAAAAGCUCAGUCAAAGCUUCAAAUACCCAAGAUGGCUUCAAAGUCUAAAAAUAUCUUUUAAAGUCAUCCUUAUUGGAGUACCAGCUGUAAAAGAUCAGCAAAUUAAUUCAACAUUUAUCAGCACACCAGGCACGUUAGAUGCGUGACACACUGAUCCAGCACCUUUCAGCGAGAAGUGACUCAGGGAUACUCUGCGUGGUGCACUCGCACCGUGUCUAACAGGGCCAGAGCUAACACCACUCCUCCUGUUGAAUAGCCUCUGACCUUCAGUGAAUCACAGAGAACACACUACCAUUCAACAGCGGAGCAGGCAGCAGGACCCAGCCCUUAAUGACUUAUAUUUUCUUAUUUUACUUGGCAAUUGUCCUUAAAUUUGUCUGCUAACGACUUCUCUCAGAUGUUCCUUUAAAAAUGUGUUGUGGUUCCGUUUUCUUUUUUUUUCUCCCUGUGAGUUAGCACAAUUAAAAACUACUGGUUUACCUUAA